CGGAGCCAGCGCCGCCGCCGCCGCCUUUCUCGCCGCCUCCCCCCCCGCCCCUUCGGCCUCUUCCGCCGCCGCCAUCGCCGGGACGCCGGGCAGCGCUGCGCCAUGUCGUCUCACAAGACCUUCAAGAUCAAACGCUUCCUUGCUAAGAAACAGAAGCAGAACCGGCCUAUCCCGCAGUGGAUUCGCAUGAAAACGGGCAAUAAGAUCAGGUACAACUCCAAAAGGAGACACUGGAGAAGGACCAAACUGGGCUUGUAAGAGAGACACUCUCCUGGGAACUCUAAUAACACUUGUCUUUCUGCGUCAGAUUGAUCCACCCCAUAUGCUGUUCGACGACUCCCAAGUUAUUCCUUCUGUGGUGUUGGACUGCAAUCCCCAGUGUUGGGGGGGGGUUUAAUAAGCUAGUUUGGGUCAUUAUUGUUAUCUGGGAAAAUCUUGAAGUAAUUUGCAUCUGAAACAUGAAGACUGUGUUCUAUUAGUGUUCUUUUUUUCAGGCAUUAUGAUGAGUAUUGACAGUGUACAGGCUUACUAAUAAAUAUGGACCUGAA